AUGGGCGAUUUACAGGCCGAAAUUGAAUUAACAGUUGAAUUAAGAAAAUUUUUUAAUAUUGAUUUAUUUGUUCAAGGUUAUUAUCAAAUUCGUGCUGGAAUAAAAGUUGCGCCGAAGAUUCAAUCGGCAACUAAAAUUGAAGUUAAAUCUGAAUUUCCUUUUACUAUUGAUGAUUCAAAUGAACCAAUUUAUCCUGCAUGUAUAUUUAAUGAUUGGGGUGUUAGUAAAACAUUUUUAGUUAUAUAUAAAAGUGAAGAAGUCGAACUUGAUGAUCAAUUUAAUUUUAAACUUUCAGUUAUUGUUGAUGCUCAACAUAUUACGGAUUGUUUUAAUCGAAUGGAUAUGCAACUUUGUCUUGAACUUUUUUUUAUGGAAAAAGAUUACUCACCGGAAAAAAUUGGAACAAUGCAAUCAUUAUGUAGUCGAUGUUAUAAACUUCAUUUUAAUCCCCGUUUGGGAGUUCAUACUCAUAUGCCAAUACUUUUUGAUUAUUUUCAUUUAUCUGCAAUAACAACAACUAUUCAUGGUUCAUUACUUUGUCUUAUUCCACCUUAUGUAUUUGAUCGACCAAAUGUACAUCGAACUUCAUUAUUCAGUUUUCUCUUUGGUCAAGAUUUAUCACAAGUUACAACUGAUCAAUUGCAUCCAAGUUUACUUGAACGAGCUUAUCAUCUACAUAAUAAUAUAUGUGAAAUACUUCUUUCAUCUUAUGAAUCUUUACAAGAUUUUUAUGAAAAAAUGAUUCAACAUUUACCAGCAAAUGAACAAAAACCAAUACAUCAUCAUCAAAAUUGUCGUCAACGAUUAAAAGAACUUUGUCAAAAAUUAAAAACUGUAGAUGAUGUUCAUUCAAUAGACGAUUUAGCACAUGCACAUAUUGCUCAAUGUUCAGCAGAAAAUAUAAUGCUUUGGUGUCAAUUUAUUCAAAUAUUUGGUUUACAUGAAAUAACGGCAAUUGUUCUUGCGAAAGACUAUCAUUUCAAACGAGUAAAACGUCUUUCAGAAUGUUUCUUUCUUCGUGAAACAUCACGAAUCAAUCUUCUCAUCAAUGAAAGUGACAUAUAUAAUGAUUUACAUGAACUUGUUAGAAAUUCUUUAUAUUAUUCACGUUUACCACAUUUACCAAUUGAAUGUGUUGAACUUGAUGGUACACCAGAUACUUUACCAAUUCUUGUCGAAGAAAUUUAUACACCUACUGAACAACAGUCAACAACAGCAAUUUUAUCAUCAUUAAAUUCAAAGACUAACAAUGAUAAUUCUGUUUUACAAAGAGUUCAAAAUCUUAAUAAACUCCAGCCAAAUCUCAGUCAUAGUUUUAGUGGAAAAUUAAAUGAAACAACGUCCAAUUCUGUUUCAAAUAGUCCAUCAACAUCACAUUCAAAAUCUCAGAAACAACAACAACAACAACAACAACAAACGAAAGCAUCACCAACUAAGAAUAAUUCAAAUAAUACAAAUGCAACACCAACUCGUCAUCAAUCUGCUAAAAGCUUUUCAUUAUUUCGAAAUCAUACAUUAAAACAUACUAAUCCCGUAGUCGCAUUACCUAAUGAGCCAUUUGUAAAAUUAACUUCAAUUCGUAAAGUUGAUCAAGAUAAUAUACAAUCAUCACCAACACUUAAAUCUCAUAUUAAUCCAUCAUUUGGUCUAUUUCCUAAUCAAUCUGAUUCAGAUAUAAAUAAUAGUCAUUAUAAUAAAUUCAAUUCUUCAUAUUUAUCGACACCAACAAGUCAUCAUUCAUUACCUAAUGUUUCAUUCAAACGAAGUAAUAGUGCAUCAACAACAAAUUCAAAUCUAAUUGAUUCACCAAUUGUUCCAAAUUUUUUAUGUGGAACAUCAGAUAAAAUAAAUGAUGAAGUUUUUCUAACAAAUAAUCAAAAUAAUAUUGUUGCUGCAUCAACAUUUGAUGAUUCAAGUAUGAAAUCAAAAGUUUUACGAGCAUCAUAUCGUGGUAAAGCUCAUACAAUGGAUAGACCAAUAAAAAAACCAACAACAUUACGUUCAUUAUCAACAUCAGAAACACAUAAUAAUACUAAACAACAUUCAACAAAUAUACAAAAAAAAUAUUUUAUUACAAACAGUGAUGAUAAAAUAUCAACAACAAAUCGACCAGUGAAUUAUUCACUUGAUUCUGUUCUUAAUUUUACUUUAGAAUUAGAACAAAGAUCAACAGAUGAUAUUCAACGUCGACAUACAACAUCAACAAAUGAUAUUGAUCCAUUAUUAUUAAAUGGUUUAACUGAUGAUGAAAAUCAAUUAAAUUUAAUAGAAAAAACAAAUGAAUAUAAUUCUUCUAUGAAUAUUAUUGAUGAUGAUAAUAAUGAUCAAUCAAUUAAUUUAGAAAAUAAUCAACAGGAAAAUUCAUUAGAAUAUGAUCGAUUACAAAAUAAUUCGAUUAAUAGUCAAACUAUUGAAUUUGUUGUUCACAAAGAAAAAUUAAAACAAAUAUUAUCAUCAAAAUAUUCAUCAAAUUUAAUGUUUUUUUCUGAUUUUUCAACACCAAUAUCAAUGAAUCCAUAUUUUUCUCCAGAUAUAAUACCAUUUAAUACAAAUGGUACUCAUCUUAUAAUAUGUGUACAUGGUUUAGAUGGUAAUUCUGGUGAUUUACGUUUAAUAAAAACCUAUCUUGAAUUAUGUUUACCAUCAUGUCAAUUAGAUUUUCUUAUGUCAUCAUCAAAUCAUUCAUCAACAUUUGAUGAUAUUGAUGUUAUGGUUAAACAACUUAUUGAAGAAAUUCAUAUACAUAUUGAACGUUAUGGAUUAAAACCACAACGUAUUAGUUUUAUUGGUCAUUCAUUGGGAAAUUUAAUAAUACGUGCUGCUGUUAGUCAUCAACGUUUUGAACCAUAUAGACCAUUACUUUAUACAUAUCUUUCUUUAUCUGGACCACAUUUAGGAACAUUAUUUAAUACAAGUGGUUUAGUUAAUAUAGGAAUGUGGUUAAUGCAAAAAUGGAAAAAAUCAUUCAGUUUAUCACAAAUGUCAUUUUCCGACCAUAUUGAUCCGAAACAAACAUAUUUAUAUAAACUUAGUAAACAACCUUGUUUAGAAUUUUUUAAAAAUAUUUUAUUAGUUGCCUCACCACAAGAUCGUUAUGUUCCAUUUCAUUCAGCUCGAAUUGAAGUUUGCAAAGCUGCAUUGAAAGAUACGGCUUACGGCUCAAUUUAUGUCGAAAUGAUAAGUAAUUUACUUGAACCAAUCCUACGUAAUCCAUCAAUAACAUUCGUUCGUUAUAACGCUUUUCAUAACAUUCCAUCGGGUACUAAUAAUAUUAUUGGUCGUGCAGCACAUAUAGCUAUAUUGGAUUCUGAAUUAUUUGUUGAAAAACUUAUAUUGAUUAGUGCUGCUAAAUAUUUUAAAUGA